CCAACAUCAAUUAAACUGGAGAAAUAUUGUAUGUUAUGUAAUCCUCUAGAAGAUUCUGAGAUACCUUUUAGUUAAGAAACUUGUUUAUGUAACUGAGCAUUUCUGAAUAUGACCCAUAUGACCUGGGCUACUUAUUUCCUGUAACACCUAUUAACAUCCUCCCCUCCCCCCUAAAGAUUGAAGCCCAGUCUUUAUGCCAAGGCAACAAGGGAACCUGGGUUCUAUGUUUUUAUAGCUAUAAAAUUCUGGGUUGUGUGGAAUUGGAGAAAAGCUAGGAGCAUGCCUGACUUAAUUGAUUCUUUUCCUCUCAUUUCCACAGAUUUCUCAGAGAAGAAUGGACAUGAGAAAUUAUUCCACAGUGGCUGAGUUUCUUCUUUCAGGAUUAACUGACCAACCAGAGCUUCAGCUACCCCUUUUUUGCCUCUUCUUAGGGGUCUACAUGGUUACUGUGGUGGGAAACCUUGGUAUGAUCUCAAUAAUUGGGUUGAAUUCUCAACUUCACACGCCCAUGUACUACUUCCUCAGUAAUUUGUCUUUUAUAGAUGUCUGCUAUUCUUCUGUCGUUACCCCCAAAAUGCUGGCUGGGUUUUUACGCAGCGAUAAAGCUAUAUCCUAUAAUGGAUGCAUGACUCAGCUGUUUUUUUUCCUGUAUUUUGUCAUUUCAGAAUGCUACAUGUUGGUGACAAUGGCCUAUGAUCGCUAUGUUGCCAUUUGUAGCCCACUCCUCUAUAACGUCAUCAUGUCCCCUCAGGUCUGCUCUCUGCUGGUGGCUGCUGUCUUCUCAGUAGGUUUUAUGGAUGCUGUGAUUCAUACAGGUUGUAUAUUAAGGUUGUCCUUCUGCAACUCAAACAUCAUUAGCCAUUAUUUCUGUGACAUUGUCCCUCUUAUUAAACUCUCCUGUUCCAGCACUUACAUUGAUGAGCUUUUGAUUUUCAUCAUUGGUGGAUUUAACACAGUGGCCACCAGCCUGUCAAUCAUCAUUUCCUAUGCUUUCAUCCUCUCCAGCAUCCUCUGUAUCCACUCUAAAGAGGGCAGGUCCAAAGCCUUUAGCACCUGCAGUUCCCACCUGACAGCUGUUCUUAUAUUUUAUGGGUCCCCCAUAUCCAUGUAUCUCAAGCCUGCUUCCAACAGUUCACUCACCCAGGAGAAAGUGACCUCGGUGUUUUAUACCACUGUGAUUCCAAUGUUGAACCCCCUGAUAUAUAGUCUGAGGAACAAGGAAGUGAAUAAUACACUGAUAAAACUCUUAAGAAGAAAACUAUCUUCAUAA